AUGAGUUCCCCUCAAGGCGACCGGGCCAUAUGGUCUAUGUCAGGGAACUUCUCACAAGAUUCUGAGAAAUCCGUUUUUAAUUCUAAACCCCUCUCUGAUGGACUCCUUCCUGUUUCAGCCCAAGCGGAGCAGCGGCCAGUCCUGGGCAGUUCCAAGGAAGACCAACCGACAGCAACAGAGGAGACUGACAUCCCAGGCUGGGCGAGCAGCAAUGUUUGUGCUCCAGGUCUUACAGCGCUGGAGCCUCGCCAGCGUGGUGUGUUAUUUGAGGACUUGUUUGUUCACGGGUCGGACUCUACCCUUCGCGUCCAACCUACGGUCCUCUCUACGCUUUGCUCCCCAGUGACGCAUAUCGCAGCCCUGUUUCGGGGUCGACGUGAGGGUCGGGUACAAAGCUCGAUCUUGUACGGACUUCAUGGGGUUGUAAACCCAGGCGAAAUGCUUUUGGUACUCGGCCGACCCGGGAGUGGGUGUUCAACUUUUCUCAAAGUGCUUUGCGGGCAUUUUGAGAGUCUGGAAUUGGAUCCAAUCAGCAAAAUCCAGUACAAGGGCAUCUCACAGAAGAAAAUUGUCGAUGGGUUUCGUGGGGAGGUUGUUUACAACUCAGAGGUGGACCACCAUUUCCCACAUCUGACAGUUGGUGAAACACUUUCCUUUGCGGCGCAUGCGCGUGCUCCGCAGAAUCAACUGGGCAUGGUCAGUCGAGACGAAUACGCAGAGUCAUCUGUCAACAAUGUUAUGAAUCUCUUGGGUCUGUCGCAUCUAUACGAUUCAAAAGUGGGAGAUGACUUUGUUCGGGGCGUCAGUGGAGGGGAGAGGAAAAGAGUGAGUAUCGCUGAGAUGUUGCUAUGUCGGGCCUCUCUCGGUGCAUGGGAUAAUAGUACGCGAGGUCUAGAUGCCCUCAACGCGCUUGAGUUUGUUCGUGCGCUUCGCUUAUCCGCAGACCUCGCGGGAUGCUGCCAUGUUGUCGCGGCAUACCAAGCCUCCGAUCCCAUUUAUAAUACUUUCGACCAUGUCAUCAUUCUUUACAAAGGGCACCAAGUCUUCUUUGGUCCAUCGACGCGCGCUGUGGAAUACUUUGAAGAGAUGGGCUGGGAACGACCUCCUCGACAGACAAGUGCCGACUUCCUUGCCGCCGUGACUGACCCUGGUGAGAGGCAGCCCCAAAUUGGAAUGGAAAAUAGAGUUCCCCGUGAUGCUGUUGGAUUUGAGGCAUACUGGAAGCAAAGCCCCGAUUAUGCUGCCCUUCAGGCAUCAUUACGACGAUACGCUCGGGAACACCCGCUUGAUAGCAUGGAGGAAGUUAAGUUUGCUUGCCUGAAACAUGCCGAGCAAGCCUGCCAAGCUCAGCCUUCAUCGCCCUAUCUACUUUCCUUGGUCUCGCAGAUACAUUUGUGCUUGAUCCGAGCCUUCCAGCGCACACGUAACGACCUUCCUUCUAUAAUUGCUACCGCCAUCGUGCAAAUCGUGGUAGCCGUCAUUAUUGGGUCGCUCUUCUUCAACAUUCCUGACAACUCUACGGGACUUAGUCAAAGAGCCACCGUUCUAUUCUUGGCUGUCUUGACCAAUGCAUUAAUUGCAAUGCUCGAGAUCAACGUACUAUUUAGCCAGAGACCAAUUGUCGAGAAGCAAACCGCGUUCGCAUUUGUUCACCCCUUCACUGAAGCCCUCGCUGGGAUUAUUCUGGACCUUCCCAUAAAGUUGAUCCGUUGUCUGUUGGCCGGUUUGAUUCUGUACUUCAUGGCAGGCCUUCGAAGAGAGGCAUCAAACUUCUUCAUUUACAUCCUCUUCCAGCUCACCGCGGUAAUGACAAUGUCGGGAAUGUUUCGCACGCUGGCCAGCAUGACCCGCGCAGUCGGCGAAGCCAUGGCCUUGGCCGGUAUAUUGAUCAUGUGUAUCGCCGUUUAUACUGGUUUCACCCUACCACAAUUCGAUAUGCAUCCAUGGUUUUCCUGGAUCAGAUGGCUCAAUCCAAUCUUCUAUGCCUACGAGGGUAUUAUCGCCAACGAGUUUCACGGUCGCAUGUAUGAAUGCGCGGACUUUAUACCGAAUUAUCUGCCGUCUGUUCGAGGGAAAUCAUUCACAUGCUCUUCCAUCGGUGCAAAGGCAGGAGACCUUCUUGUGUCGGGGGAUAGGUACAUUGGGGAUGGCUACGAGUAUUCAUAUGGACACAUCUGGAGAAAUUUUGCGAUCAUGGUGGCAUUUUCAGUCUUCUUCCACAUUGUCCAUCUUGUGCUCACGGAGUAUUCUCCAAAAGGCCAGACAGCUGCGGAAGUUUUGGUCUUUCGUGCGGGUGGCGUGCCACAGGUCCCACACAAACGAGACCUGGAGCUUGGCGAGCAGCCAUUCACAGGGGAAACGGCUAGGAAUCUAGAAUCAAAGAUAGACUCCUUUCCACCACAGCAGGAUGUUCUUAGUUGGAAGGGUCUCACAUAUGAAAUUCCUAUCAAGGGCGGCCACAAAAGACUACUUGAAGAUGUUAGUGGCUGGGUGAAACCAGGCACCCUCACGGCUCUGAUGGGUCUUUCGGGUGCAGGAAAAACCACCCUCUUGGAUGUGCUCGCUCAACGUGUGUCUGUAGGAGUUGUCACCGGAGAUGUGCUCGUCAAUGGCCAUGGGCUUGACUCUAGCUUUCCCCGGAAGACCGCUUACGUUCCCCAGCAAGAUCUUCACCUGGACACCGCAACAGUUCGCGAGGCUCUUCAAUUUAGUGCGGCGCUGAGAAGACCGCGCGAUGUCUCAGUCGAGGAGAAAAAUGCCUUUGUUGAGGAUGUGAUCCAUAUGUUGGGCAUGGAAGAAUUUGCCGAAGCUGUAAUCGGGCACCCAGGCGUCGGUUUAAACGGAGAGCAGAGAAAGCUUUUGAGCAUCGGCGUUGAGCUUGCUGCAAAGCCCCAACUGCUUAUCUUCCUGGAUGAGCCAACCAGCGGGCUGGACGCUCACAGCUCAUGGGCAAUCUGUGCCUUUAUGAGGAAAUUAGCGGAUCAUGGACAAGCUGUUCUCGCCACGAUUCACCAGCCUAGUGCAAAUUUAUUUGGGCAGUUUGAUCGUUUACUGCUCCUUGGGAAAGGUGGCAGAACCCUUUAUUUUGGUGAUGUGGGGCAUCGGGCCCGGACUCUGCUGGAGUAUGUUGAAGCAAAUGGAGGGCGUCGCUGCGGUGUUGCUGAAAACCCCGCUGAAUAUCUACUCGAUGUUGUUGGUGAUGAGGCAAGUGAGCAAACUGGUUCUAUAGAUUGGGCAGAAGUGUGGAACCAGAGCCCAGAACGGAAGCAAGUUCUCGAUGAUUUGGACCACUUGGUUUCACGCACCUCUGAGGCAUCGUCCCCAACAAACCCUAACAGUGACAAUGAUGAGUUUGCAAUGCCAUUUUGGGCUCAGUGCCAACAUGUCAUUAAGCGUGACUUCCGACAAUAUUAUCGUCAGCCGGACUAUAUCAUGGCCAAAUUCGCCUUGGGAAUCGUUUGUGGCCUUUUUAUCGGGUUCUCCUUCUGGAAAUCGGAUAAUUCUCGCCAAGGCUUUCAGAACACUUUGUUCAGCCUCUUUCUUCUCUGUACCAUUUUUUCUACGAUGGUAAAUCAGAUAAUGCCAAAGUUUGUUACUCAGAGAUCACUAUACGAGCUACGCGAGAGGCCGGCGAAGACAUACUCUUGGAAAGUCUUCCUUCUUUCUCAAUUCCUGGUCGAAAUACCUUGGCAAAUAUUGCUCGGAGUCUGCACUUGGGCUUCAUUCUACUUCUCCGUCUACGGUGGCGACCAAUCGCCACAGCGCCAAGCACUUGUUCUGUUAUUUGUUGUGCAGUUCUUUAUCUUUGCAUCCAGCUUUGCGCAAUUCGUCGUUGCCUCAUUGCCCAAUCCCGCUCUUGGAAGCAUGCUAGCUGUCUUCAUGUUUCUGCUGUCUUUGCUGUUCAAUGGCAUCAUGCAGCCGCCGAGUGCUCUGCCUCAUUUCUGGAAGUUUAUGAACCGCGUUUCCCCCCUGACAUACUAUGUGAGCGGGAUCAGUGCAACUGCAUUGCAUGGCCGGCCUAUUCACUGCUCAGAUCGCGAGCUGAGCUUGUUUGACCCGCCAGUGGGCCAAACCUGUGGUCAAUAUCUGCACGAAUUCCUAGUGGCAGCUGAGGGGGAACUCUACAAUCCGGAAUCUUCCCAACAGUGUCUAUACUGUCCCUACCGAUCAGCAGACCAAUAUCUCGCCACUAGAGAUAUUGCUUGGGAAGAUCGCUGGAGAAACUUCGGAAUUUUCUGGGUGUAUAUUGUCGUCAACGUUUUUGGAGCUAUUGUGCUAUACUAUGUCUUCAGAUUAUUGCCAAGUUCAAAAAAGGCUCGAAUCCAUGCUGCUCGACGAUGA